ACUCGGGCAAUCAACAGUACCAAUACCAAUCAUCAACUCAACACUCAACCAACAGACCAAAAUCGAAUUGGUUUCCGAAAGGUGCUUGCUUAUCAGACGGAUAAAUUUUUUUUCGUACCCGGUGAAACAGGAGAAAUAUUUUUUUUUAUUUUGUAAAGAAAAUCCGACAUUUUUUCUUUCAAAGGAACAUUUUUCUUACUUUUGUGAAGAUAUGCUCAUUCAUUUUGGUCAGCGGAAAAUAUUGUCAGUAGCGAAAGCAGCAGCAGUAACAAUAUCAUCCCCAAUCAUCCGAAGUACAUCGGCACUUCGGCUUUCUAACUUACACAAACGAGACAUUUUUACUGGUUUCACACGGAAUUCGUCGGUAAAAAGAACUAUUCAUUUAGCAGCAGCCACACAUUCGGUGCGUACAACAUCAACAUUUAGCAGCAACAGCAGCGGCGGCAUAUUUCGACAGUCAAUAGCCUGGAGUGCAUGCACAAUAUUGCAUCAAAGAAAUCCAUUUCAAGUGUUGACAUCGUUUGCAAAAAAUCAACCGUUUUCGAUAAACGCUUCGCAUAAUCAUCAGUUUCACAGUUGUAGCCCAUCGAAUUCGCGACCAGUCAAUCAAAGUACAAACAAAAUGAAAUGCGAGUUCAAGCGAUUGCCGACAAAUGUCGUGCCAAAACACUAUAAUUUGGAGCUUACACCAUGUUUGACAUCGUUUACAUUUGAUGGAAAGACAUCGGUUAAUUUUAAGGUGCAAGAAGAAACGGACAAUAUUGUAUUGAAUGCCGUCGAUUUGGUGAUCAAAAAUUCUUCGGUGACAUUAGACGGUAGCUCAGAGCCACUUGAAGCGUCAGAUAUUUCAUUUUGUUCCGAACAGGAAACGGUAACGUUGAAGUUUUCAAAUGCUUUGCCGGCUGGAUCGGAAGGCGUUCUCAAUGUGUCGUUUAGCGGUAACUUGAACGAUAAGAUGAAAGGCUUCUAUCGCAGCAAAUAUUUUACGUCGAGUGGCGAGGAACGUUAUGGUGGUGUCACUCAAUUCGAGGCAACAGAUGCAAGAAGGUGUUUCCCUUGCUGGGAUGAACCGGCCAUAAAAGCAACAUUCGACAUAACACUGGUUGUUCCAAAGGACCGAGUCGCAUUAUCGAAUAUGCCAGUGGUGUCGGAAAAGAGUGUCGGCGAUAAUUUGCGUGAAAUUCGCUUUGACACAACGCCUAUUAUGUCGACCUAUUUAGUGGCUGCUGUGGUUGGUGAAUAUGAUUACGUUGAGGCUCAGUCAAAAGACGGCGUUUUAGUCCGUGUGUACACGCCGGUUGGCAAAAAGGAACAAGGCCUGUUUGCAUUAGACGUUGCCACCAAAGUGUUACCUUAUUAUAAGGAAUACUUUGACAUUGCAUAUCCACUGCCUAAGAUGGAUCUUAUUGCUAUAGGGGACUUCUCAGCGGGAGCAAUGGAAAAUUGGGGUCUUGUCACCUACCGAGAGUCAUUCGUGUUGGUCGAUCCAGAAAAUACAUCAUUGAUUCGCAAACAGUCUAUCGCUUUAACCGUUGGUCAUGAAAUUGCCCAUCAAUGGUUCGGAAAUUUAGUUACAAUGGAGUGGUGGACUCAUUUAUGGUUGAAUGAAGGUUACGCUUCGUUUGUGGAAUUUUUGUGUGUCAAUAAAUUAUUUCCCGAAUACGAUAUCUGGACGCAAUUCGUGGCCGAUAUGUAUACACGAGCGCUUGAAUUGGAUUGUUUGAAGAAUUCGCAUCCGAUCGAAGUGCCAGUUGGACAUCCAUCGGAGAUUGAUGAGAUUUUCGAUGAGAUUAGCUAUGCCAAAGGUGCCAGUGUGAUUCGAAUGCUUCACCAUUACAUUGGAGAUGCUGACUUCCGGAAGGGAAUGAACAUUUACUUGACACGACACCAGUACAAAAACACGCACACCGAAGACCUGUGGACAGCGUUAAGUGAAGCAAGUAGCAAACCGGUUGCAAGUGUUAUGUCGACAUGGAUCAAACAGAUGGGUUUCCCAGUUAUAUCAGCUGCCGCUGAACAAGUGGGCAACAAACGAAUUCUGACAUUGACUCAAAACAAAUUCACUGCCGAUGGUUUUGAACCGGCCGAAGACUAUUUCUGGAUGGUUCCCAUCACAAUAUCAACAUCAAAGGCGCCCGGUGAAAUUGCCAUUGCCACAAUUCUUGAUAAGAAAACCAUGCAAAUUGAAAUCGAUGACAUUGCCGAAAAUGAAUGGGUUAAAAUCAAUCCGGGCACAAUUGGUUACUAUCGCACACGUUACACGCCUGAAAUGUUGGACUUAUUGAUACCAGCCAUUAAAAGUCAAACACUUCCUCCAUUGGAUCGAUUGGGUUUGAUAGACGAUUUGUUUGCACUGGUGCAAGCCGGUCGUGCGCCAACACGCGAAGUGCUGAAACUCAUCGAUGCCUAUCGAAAUGAAACCAAUUACACGGUAUGGUCAUCGAUUACCAACUCAUUGAUCAAACUGCAGACACUAUUGUCGCACACAACCGUCGAUAAGCAAUUCAAUGAGUAUGGCAUUCGAUUGUAUGCACCGAUUGCCGAUCGCUUGGGCUGGGACUGCCGGGCUGGUGAAAGUCAUUUGGACACAUUGCUACGAAGUUUGGUGCUAAAUCGUUUGAUUUCAUACGGAUGCACGGCGACCAUUGAAGAAGCGAAAAAACGCUUUAAAAUGCAUGCCAGCGGCGAAAAUUUAUUGCCCGCCGAUUUACGGUCGACAUGUUACAAAGCAGUCAUGCAAAACGGUGACACUGCCACAUACGAAGAAAUGCUACGCUUGUACCGGGCCACCGAUUUACACGAAGAAAAGGAUCGCAUUUCUCGAGCCCUUGGCUCAUUCAAAGACGUCGAAAUUUUGAAGCGUGUCGUUGAUUUUGCGCUAUCGACUGAGGUGCGGGCACAGGAUUCCGUAUUCGUAAUCGUUUCAGUGGCAAUAAAUCCGAAGGGUCGUGACAUGUGUUGGGAAUUCUUCAGAAACAACUCAGCCAAACUGUUAGCACAAUACGAGGGUGGAUUUCUGUUGGCACGCCUUGUGAAAUAUUUGACUGAAAAUUUUGCAUCGGAAGAAAAGGCACAAGAAGUGGAGAAAUUCUUCAAAGAGAAUGAAUUCUCAGGCACCGAACGAACCGUUUCACAGUCCGUCGAGACAAUCCGUUUGAAUGCCGCAUGGUUGCAACGAGACCUACCAAAUAUUAUUGAAUACUUGAGCUCAUUCACCAAUUAAACGAAAGAAAAAACAAAUCGCGUUGAAGUUCCGUUUUGUUGAAAUCACAAAAAAAAAAAUGAAAGAAAAGAAAAAAAAACCCACAAACUAAAUUACAUACGGAAAGCGACAAACAUUUUAAAUAAACUAUCAAUGGAAAACGUAUUUCAUAGUCAAAAAAAAGGGAAGAAAAUAAAUUCAAAUGCAUGCUUAUUAAUUUAAUUUAUUUAUUCAAACUCGAUUCUAAAUGUUUGCAAAUAAUCGAAAGAAAAUAAAUGAAAAAUUAAACAGAUCGGAUAACAGAGAGAACUAAUGAAUGAGAGAAUUAUUCUAAAAAAAAAAAUUAUCCCAAUCAAAUUAAUAGACUGAUGUUAAUUUUUUUUCUUCGUAAGAAUAUAUCGCAUCCAAUCGUUUGUGCCGAAUCGAAUGAAAUACAAAUCUGAUUUGUGUGAGAGCGCCACUUAUGAAAAUGAAAUCUGUUUAUUAUGUAUAAAAAUACACACCAAUUAUCAAAA